AUGAAGCAGCCGUCAGGUGGAGAAGCCAAGGCCGUUGGCCAUGAAUUGGCCAGUGUUCUUCCCAACGAUGGCAUUCCAUGGUGGAAGAAGAGGCAUCUGAUCAAGCUCAACUUCUGCAUCGUCUCCUUCAUGUUGUUCACCAGCUCAAACGGCUUUGAUGGCUCUGUUAUGAACGGUUUCCUGGCCUUGUCUCAGUGGAAAGACUUCAUGGGCAAUCCCACAGGUGCAUGGCUCGGGUUCAUCAACGCCAUGUACUCUCUCGGAGCCGUCAUUGGCUUUCCGCUCACUGCGAUGCUUUGCAACCGCUGGGGCCGCAAAAUUGGCCUUUGGCUCAGCGUGUUCAUCUCCUUGGUCGGCACUGCUCUGCAAACCGCUGCUCCUAAUCAAGCCGCGUUCAUUACCGCCCGUUUCUUGAUGGGUGUUUCCCAGGGUCUUUCUGUCGGGGCACCCCUGUUGAUCGCCGAGAACGCGUUCCCCACGCACCGUGGAAUCGCAUCAAGCAUGUACAAUUCGGGUUGGUACGUCGGUGCAAUUGUUGCUGCGUGGGCGACCUUUGGCACAAGGAACAUGGACGGCUCAGCAGCCUGGCGUAUUCCCUCUGGCCUGAUGGCGCUUCUACCCUUGAUGACCGUGCCUGCUCUAUUUCUCAUGGAUGAGUCCCCACGAUGGCUGGUCUCUAUGGAUCGUGCGGACGAGGCAAGAAUGAACCUCGCCAAGGCCCACUGCGGCGGCGAUAUCAAUGCACCUCUUGUCACAUUCGAAAUGGUCGAGAUUGAGGAGACUCUGAAGGCUGAAAAGCUUGCUAAUGAGAGCACUUCCUGGGCUGAUUUGUGGUCUACUCCUGGAAAUCGUCAUCGCCUUUGGAUCUCUGUCUCGCUGGGCAUCUUUGCCCAGUGGUCUGGAAAUGGAGUGGUAUCGUAUUACUUGGCGAUCAUUCUGGAGUCUGUCGGUAUUACCUCAGUCACGGAUCAGACACUCAUCUCCGGAUGCCUUCAGAUCUGGAAUCUUAUUUGGUCCGCAGCGGCUGCGAUCUGCGUCGACAAAGUUGGGCGCAAAGCUUUGUUCAUGGCUAGCGGUAUCAUCAUGCUCGUCUCGUACAUCAUUGUCACAGGUCUGUCGGGAAGCUUUGCAACCAGCGGGAAUGGUCCUACUGGAAUUGCAGUUGUUCCAUUUUUAUUCAUCUACUUCCUCGGAUACGAUAUUGCCCUCACGCCCCUGGUGAUCUCAUACCCUGUUGAGAUCUGGACGUAUCAGAUGAGAGCUCGCGGACUGGCAGUCUGCCAAAUGGUCUCGCUCGGAGCCAUCUUUUUCAACACCUUCAUUAAUCCCAUCGCCCUGGAUGCUAUUCAAUGGAAGUACUACUUCGUCUUCGUCGCGAUUUUGGUCGCAAUGUUGGUGACGGUCUGGUUCACAUACCCUGAAACUCGAGGACGAACUCUCGAGAGCAUCGCCUGGCUGUUUGAUGGAGAUGAGGCAAACGUUGGAAUUGCCACCGCCGAAAACACACUCAAGAGCACCAACCAGCAUAUUGAGGACCAUGCUACAGACGAAUCUCAGGAGAAGCAGUGA